AUGUCUGUGAUGGAGGGCAUUGCCGAGCUCGUGGAUGAGAUCGACAGUCUGCACGUAAACAUUGCGGACCAAGCCAUGGAGUACAUCCACACUGAUGAGGUGAUCUUGACGUUUGGAAGAUCACUGUCGGUCGAGGCUUUUCUCAAGAUGGCCGCGAAGAAGCGCUCGUUCAAGGUUAUUGUAGUGGAAUCUGCACCGUCGUUGAAUGGGCAACGCACGGCUCAUGCUCUGGCAGAGAGUGGUAUCCAUGUUACAGUGAUCCCAGAUAGUGCUGUGUUUGCCUUAAUGGCACGUGUGAACAAGGUCGUCGUUCCUGCUGCCGCUGUGGUUGCCAAUGGUGGCCUGAUUGCUCAGUCUGGACUGCAGAAUAUCGCGCUAGCUGCCAAAAAGUGCUCGGUGCCUGUGGUGUGCGUGGCAGGACUGAUCAAGCUAUCUCCAUUGUAUGCCCACGAUCUAGACGUUCUUAGCGAGCUCCUGUCUCCGUCUAGUAUCUACAAUUAUGAGGACAUCGUCGAGACCUUGGAGGUGCUAAACCCAGCGUACGACUACGUCCCGCCCGAAUGCGUGAGGAUUUUCAUCACCAACACUGGAGCCCACCAGCCAUCGUACAUCUAUCGUCUGCUCGCCGAGUACUACUCCCCGCAGGACUACCAGCUUAGCUAG